AUGGGGAAUCACAACCUUACCGUGGUGACAGAAUUCAUCCUAAUGGGCAUCACAGACCACACUGAACUUCAGGCCCCAUUGUUUGGGCUCUUCCUCAUCAUCUAUCUGAUCUCACUGAUGGGCAACCUGGGCAUGAUCAUCCUCACCACAGUGGACCCAAGGCUACAAACACCCAUGUACUUCUUUCUCAAACAUCUGGCUAUUACAGAUCUGGGUUAUUCUACAUCUGUUGGACCCAAAAUGUUAGUAAAUUUUGUUGUCGAUCAAAAUACAAUAUCAUUUAACCUUUGUGCUACACAGCUUGCUUUUUUUCUUGUGUUCAUCGUUAGUGAACUUUUUAUUCUGUCUGCAAUGUCCUAUGACCGCUACGUGGCCAUCUGUAAGCCUCUGCUCUACACUGUCAUCAUGUCACAAAGGGUGUGUUGGGUACUAGUGGCAAUUCCUUAUCUCUAUUGCUCAUUUGUUUCUCUUCUAGUUACAAUUAAGAUUUUCUCUUUGUCUUUCUGUGGCUACAAUGUUAUCAGUCAUUUCUACUGUGACAGUCUUCCGUUGUUACCUCUGCUGUGCGCAGAUACACAUGAAGUUGAACUGAUCAUUCUAAUUUUAGCAGCCUUUGAUUUGAUUUCUUCUCUUCUGGUUGUCCUUGUGUCCUACCUGCUCAUCCUCAUAACUAUUCUGAGAAUGAACUCUGCUGAGGGCAGACAGAAGGCUUUCUCCACCUGUGGGUCCCACCUGACAGUGGUCAUCGUCUUCUAUGGAACUUUGAUAUUUAUGUAUGUGCAGCCCAAUUCUAGCCACUCCUUUGACACAGAUAAAGUGGCUUCCAUAUUUUAUACCAUGGUCAUUCCCAUGUUGAAUCCCUUGAUCUACAGUUUGAGGAACAAAGAUGUAAAAUAUGCACUGCAAAGGACAUUGAAUAAUUUGUGCAAAUUAUUUUCUUUUGGUUUUCAUAAAAUAUAA